UUCCUAAAUCCUUCUCCAUGAAUGGCCUCUUGACGUCGCUCACACGUCCACGCACGCGACGUCACGUCCAUUCACACGCGCUGAUUUGACGGGAAUUACUCGACUUCCGGCCGAGGAGCAACACAAGAGACUUCCCUGCGGCGGCGGAGAGACACAAUAACAAAGCCAUGGGAGAAAUGUCCGGCUUCGAGAACAGACUGCAGUCGUACUCGUCCACACAGCUGCACGAGCUGCUGGAGGACGGUGGCAAGCUCCGGGAAAUGGUCGGGGAGAUGGAGGAGAUGCAGGAAAUGCAGCAGAAUAAAGAGCUGACGAUCGCCAGUAACCGCAGCCUGGCGGAGCAGAACCUCAACCUGCAGCCUGAGCUGGACCAUCAGAAGAUCCAGCUGACCAAACGCUACUGCUGUUUACAAGAUCUGCACGAGUCCUACCAGCUCCGCAGGUCCACGCUAGGAAAUCGUUCACUAGACACAUUGUUGGCUCUUUUGCAAACCGAGGGAGCCAAGAUCGAAGAAGAAACAGAGAACAUGGCCGAUUCAUUCUUGGAUGGAUCCUUGCCUCUGGACAGCUUCAUUGAUGAUUACCAGAGCAAGAGGAAGCUGGCACAUCUGAGGCGUGUGAAGAUCGAUAAGCUCCAGGAGAUGGUGCUGAAGGGUGUUCAUCUUCCUCAGAGUUCCUCUAAUGAGCCCUCACAACCUCAGGAGACCCAUAACUCCACCGCACCUUUCCAAAGGCUAGCUAAUGGUUCUCCAGCUCAUGUAAGACCUGCACCGACAUCUCAACCAUCAGCCAUGCCUUACAACCCUCAGAGCAUCGGUGCUCCUCUGCCAAACACGGUGCCAUCAUAUUCAUGUCCAUACCCACAAGCACCCCCUCAAGGACCCGGAGCUGGUCUUCCCCCGCGGGCAGGUUUUAUAAUGCAAUGAUGUUCUUCUGCCUGAGCGUUUCCACUAGAACGUGAAAUGCCAUUUUCCUCUCUUUCUUUAGAUGCACUUUGAUCGCAAACCGGUUUGGAUUUCUGCAGGUCCACACAGAAUCUGUGUCCACAGAAUUCAGAAGUUCAGCAGAUUUCUGCUCACUCUCUGCCACUUGUAUGUAUUAAAUAUUGGGAUUAAUUUUUUUCUCACAUAAUCAACACAGAAAGUGCAGAAAGAUCUAAAGAUUUCUUGUGGACCUGCCUGUUGAUUAUCAAAGAAUUGAUUUCAGUUCGUUUGCAUAACAUAAAAUGCUGUAAGAUGCAUUAAGACGAUUAUGAUUCAGAAUCAAAAGUUUUAAUCUGAAAAGUAGUGUGACUUCUAAACAAUGGGAGUAUUGCAUUCCUCAUGUAAAUAUCCUAAUUUAACUGAAAAUUAUAUUGAGACUGAUUUGAAAAUGGGUCCUUAUGCACAUGUAAGACAAUUUUACUGUGUCCUUUUAUAUUAUGUCGCUGUAACGAUAACAGACUAUAUUGACAUUUUGGACUUCUGGGUUAAAAACUGACCAAAGAUGCACUCCACCUGUUCCAUGCGCGCUCUGUUCAGUGGUUUUGAAUAUAGUGGGUUUGUUGGACUUGUUUGAUUUCAUUCUAACAUGAAAUGUUUAAAUACUCCUGUGGCAUUAACAGACCAGCCUGACAGUAAGUCUGUUAUAGAAAGACUUUCUUAGUGUUAAUCAGACUUUAGUAAACGGUUUAAUUAUCCUAAACUGAAUAAAACUAUCCUUAAACAGCUACUAUA